ACUGGAGGAGAAGCGAUGCACAGAUCUGCAAGGAUGGGCCCCUGUGAUGGUGCGCUAUUGCUCUUGUUGCCCUGCUUGAUUUUUGCUCAACUCAGCACUUUGUCUGAACUUGGGGGCAUUUCCAGCCAGGAGCCCACAUCAGCGCCCCUUCUUACGACCUCAAAUACCAGCAUCAUAGCAGGGAAGAGCCUCUCCCUCAGCAUCCUGCCCACUAGUCAGGGCCCUAGCCCAACUGUAAAAGUGAGCGUGGAGGAGGACUGGUCUGCUGCAGAGAAUUACCUCUACACAGGUGAUACCUCCUCUUUGGCUUCCUCUACCUGUACACAGCCUUUCCAGCUGCCAAUUCUGACGGGAGCUCCACCUAGAAACCUUCCCCCUCUCUUGCAUCAAGCCAUAGGAUCUCUGACCAAUGCUGCCAACUUCCUCAACUUGAUUUUCCAAGCUAGUGAGCUUAGAGAAACGAGUGUGAGAGAGGAUAUUGAGUGGUACCAUGCACUGGUCCGGGCCAUGCUCGAAGGGUACAGGCCAGGCCUGGUCAGACGAGCUUUUCUGACUUUUGAUGCAGACCCCAUUAUCCAGCAGCCCCAACUGGUGCUCCGUGCCUCCAAGGGCUCAGCACAGGACAUUCUCCUGCAAGACCUCACUGCUGCCUGGAGUGGGUUCCUUCCUCCUGCCCCGGACCAGGGCUGGUUUAACACAUUCAAGUCCAGCUCCCCACCCCUCCAUGCCAUGUCUAAACGGGUUUUGCUAAAUGAUCUAAGCACCCUAGACACUCCCAAGUGGGCACGUGGGGACAGUUACGUGAUCAAUAGCAGUGGGGUCCACUGGGGCGAAGCACCUUUCCUUGAGUGUGAAGGUGGCCGUUUUUUGCCAGGAUGGCUCAUUAGCCUCUCCAUGCCCUUUUACGGGCUGAAGCCAGACCUCCGCCCAGAGUUCAGGGGUGUGGUCCGUGUCGACGUGAACAUCCAGGGAUUCAAUAUGGAUCAGUGUGCCAUUGGAAACUUCUGGUUUGCAAACACACACCAGUGUAAUCGUACCAGCAUGGAGUGCGAGCCAAUCCCGCAACAGGGUUUCCGGAUGGGUCAGUACUGCUGCCGAUGUAAAAAGGGCUAUUACAGCCCAGUUCCAGACAUAAGACACAAAAUGGGGAGCCGUGUGAAUGGUACCCGAGCUUGUUACCCUGAAGUCCCUGUGUGUCUACCCUGUUGGCCUGGCUGUGCUCAGUGUGAGGAUGGGACCCCGUGUUGGGUGCAAGAAGACUGGCUCCUCAGAGCAGGUGUUCUGGCUGUGCAGGGACUCUUUAUGGUCCUUGUGGUUAUCAGCAUGCUAGUGGCAUAUCAGUGCAGAAGAACCAAGCGGAUCCGGUCAUCAGGGCUUUUGCUGUUGGAAAUGAUCCUGUGUGGUUCUCUGUUGCUGUACUUCCCGGUCUUCAUUCUGUACUUCAAACCCAGCACUUUCCGGUGCAUUCUUCUCCGCUGGGUCCGUCUGCUUGGUUUUGCCAUUGUUUAUGGAACUGUGACACUCAAGAUGUACCGGGUUCUGAAAGUGUUCCUCUCGCGAACAGCCCAGAGAGUGCCAUACAUCACUACCACAGGUGUGCUGAGGAUGCUGGGAGUCAUUGUGCUAACUGUCAGCUGGUUUCUGUGUGCAUGGACUGUGGGCGUCCUGCAGAAUCGAGACCGGAAUGUUCCAUUACUUAUCAUAUCCACCACCUCAGAAGGACAGGGCUUCAAUGUGUGCGACCUGGACCGGUGGGACUACAUGAUGGCCGUGGCGGAGCUGUUGUUUCUUUGCUGGGGCAGUUUCCUAUGCAGUGCAGUGAAGACGGUACCCUCAGCAUUUCAUGAACCACGUUACAUAAGCAUCGCUAUCCACAAUGAGCUACUGCUCUCCUCCUUGUUUCAUCUUCUCAGAUUUGUCACACCAUCACUUCAUCCUGAUUGGAUGCUCUUGCUGUUCUUUACGCACACGCAUGUCACAAUUACAGUAACACUCGGCCUGCUCUUCAUACCAAAGUUUCUACACAUGUCACGGCCGGGCCGGGAAGAAAUCGCUGCAGAGGUAUACGAGGAUGAGGUGGACCUGCGGCGCUCGUGCUCUUACCUCAACAGCAGUUUCACCUCUAACUGCUGGAGUGAUCACAGUCUGGACCCCGAUGACAUUCGGGAUGAGCUGAAGAAACUGUAUUCUCAGCUUGAGGUUCACAAGACCAAGAGGAUGACAAACAACAACCCCCAUCUGCCAAAGAAGCGCAGCUCUCGUCUCAGUAUUGGACGCUCCCUCAUUAAACGAAUCACUGAGAUCCCAGAAAGUUUAAGCAGACAAUGCAGCCGUGAAGACAAGGACGUCAGUGCUGCCAUAGGAACUAUAACCCGAUCAGGAUCUUAUUACAAAAGUCAUCAAACCACAAGCAUUAAUAUGAUGAAUGAAAUUUUAAUGCAGCCCUCCCCAAAGCUUCGAAAAUCCCAUAGUGCCUAUGACUGUACCCCAGAGAGAGACGUCUCCCUAUUAAAUGCCUCCAUAAGGAGCACAACAGACAGGCGGGCUUCACAGCAUUCUGACGCAGGAUCCAUCAACACAACAUUACUGGUCUGCAAGUCUGCCAGUGCCCACAAUCUAACAGUAGACACUAACCUUCUACUUCCUGAGCCCACUAGGUUUCAGAAGUCACUUAGCGUCAUAGAACGCAAUGAUCAUCGCUCUCUGACUCCAUGCAGAAGCAUUGAAAAUGUGUCACUUCCUGGCAAAGCAACCCCAGCAGAAAAGCCCCAGCAAACUGUAAAGGUCAGUAUAAAGAAGCAGACUUCAAGUGCCUUGCUCUCAGAGUCAUUUGACAAGGCAGAGGUCUGCCCGUGGGAGGUUCCAGAGGAGCUUCCCGCAAACAAGAAUCAAAAACAUGUCACAUAUUCUCUUUCAAAUCAAGAAGAACCCAAAUCUCCUGGUGCCAAAUCAUCACCAACGCUAUUAUAUGUCUGUCCAUGGGAAUACUUGCCACCUCCUACUCCCCCUGCAACAGAAACUGGGAAUGGAAUACAAGCAGAUGUUGAUUCCACAAAAUCCAAGCCUCCGAUCUCCUGUAGUGCUCCAGGGUCUCCACAUACAAUCUCAGGCAAGCCACAGGAGUUUCGUGUUUUCUCUUUUCGCUCAGCUACCCAAAGCUUUCUUGCGGCAAAGGGCAUGGAAGAGAUUGGAAGAAGUAUGAGCAGAGAGAAAAGCCUCCAAGAAAGCAAUGUUAAGGAGGGGAUGCUACAAAAAUCCCUGUCCACUUCCAUGAGACUGUCCCCAGGGAGUGCAGCUUUAGACAAACGUACCCCGCAGACACAAAGACGGGCUAUGACUACCAUUGGUACUAAACCUUGCCUUGUGAAACAAGCAGCAGUACGGCUGCCAUCUACAGAUUCUCCUGAGAGAAGCCCCAAACAUACUGCUCCUGUUCACAUCUGCCCAUGGGAGUCAGAGGAGGUGAUCAUGGAGGUCAAGAAGCAGAUUGUGAAUGAAAAUGUAUUACAAAGACAAUACAGUGACAAGCAAACACAGUCUGUGAUGCUAUGUAAUGAUAGCUACAAAUCCCCUGGUUUCCAACUUAAAUCUUUAUUGGCUGUUCCAAAUACAGAGGUAUGUCCAUGGGAUGUUCCAAAAUCUUUUCAUCAAACCAGCAUUUCUGAAGUUUGUCCUUGGGAGGUUGUGGAACCAGAACCAUUGCAAACCAAAAGCAUCUGUACUGAUGUUUGUCCAUGGGAAACAGAUUGCAACGAAACAAGGGACACUGAAGAUGGUACACUUAAUACAACUGUUGGGGUGGGGGACGUACAAAAGCAGGCAAAUGUGAAGCCUGAAGUAUGUCCUUUGAAUGUACUAGACACUAAUACAUCUCAGGUUAGACUGGACUCCACCAAAACCCCUAGUGACACAAUAAAACCUGGUGAAAGGAUAAUUUAUGUUCAUGCAGGACAAAGUCCAGAAGACCAAGAAACAGUUCAGGGUGAUGCACUUUCCUGGGAAAUAAGUGAAACACAGAAACAAGAAGAAAGUGAUUUUCCUGAACCACCUCCACCUGUAACUGACAUAAAUCUUAGGGAUUCAGAGCCUAAUACAAAGACACCCUCUUUACAUGAGACAAUGAUUAAAAAAGCAACUGUAUGUCCAUGGGAAUUAGAGGACUCUGAGAGGUUAGAAGGGAUGGAAAAUGCCAAGAACAAGGGGCCAACGAAAUUAGGACAAAAAGAAAGUGUUCUUGCUGAUGUUUGUCCAUGGGGGACAAGUGAACCAGUUAAGAUGUUGCAGAAACAGGAAAGUGUUCGUGCAGAUGUUUGUCCAUGGGAAACUGAAGUGCCAGUGAAGACCUUGCAGAAGCAAGAAAGUGUCCAUGCAGAUGUUUGUCCAUGGAAGACAAGUGAGCCAGCAAAGACCUUGCAGAAGCAAGAGAGUGUCCAUGCAGAUGCUUGUCCAUCGGAAACAAGUGAACCAACAAAGACUUUGCAGAAGCAAGAGAGUGUUCGUGCAGAUGUUUGUCCAUGGGAGACAAGUGAGCCAGCAAAGACCUUGCAGAAACAAGAGAGUGUCCGAACAGAUGUUUGUCCAUGGGAGACAAGUGAGCCAGCAAAGACCUUGCAGAAGCAAGAGAGUGUCCGUGCAGAUGUUUGUCCAUGGGAGACAAUUGAGCCAGCAAAGACCUUGCAGAAGCAAGAGAGUGUGCAUACAGAUGUUUGUCCAUCGAAAACAAGUGAGCCAACAAAGACCUUGCAGAAUCAAGAGAGUGUCUGUGCAGAUGUUUGUCCAUGGGAGACAAGUGAGCCAGCAAAGACCUUGCAGAAACAAGUGAGUGUCCGAGCAGAUGUUUGUCCAUGGGAGACAGGUGAGCCAGCAAAGACCUUGCAGAAGCAAGAGAGUGUCCGUGCAGAUGUUUUUCCAUGGGAGACAAGUGAGCCAGCAAAGACCUUGCAGAAACAAGAGAGUGUCCGAACAGAUGUUUGUCCAUGGGAGACAAUUGAGCCAGCAAAGACCUUGCAGAAACAAGAGAGUGUCCGAACAGAUGUUUGUCCAUGGGAAACAAGUGAGACAGUUAAGUCCUUGCAGAAGCAAGAGAGUGUCUGUGCAGAUGUUUGUCCAUGGGAAACUGAAGUUCCAGUGAAAUCACUGCAAAAACAAGAAAGUCUUCGUUCAGAUGUCUGUCCAUGGGAAACAAAUACCCUUGCUGUCAGAUUUGAAACAACAGCAAAAACAGAAGGAAGCACUAGUCAAAUUCCCACAGAGCAGGGAGACAUAGGUGCAAUACAGCCUGCAGAAGAUAUGAGGGUUAACACUCCGCUGGCUCGGCGUGAUGCAUUGUGCCCUUGGGAAAUGGAGGGGGGCAGACAAGAAUCUAUAACAGUGCAUGAUAAUUCAGAUGUCUUCACUUGGGAGGAGACCGUACCAGAGGAAGAUGAUGGUGAUGCAGAAACUGCUGCGGAGGCCUUCAUCUUCCCUCCAGACUUAUGAACUGCGAGGGCAAUGUCAUUGUGCUUUAACUUGAAAGACUCAAAAGUUGUGACAAAAUGGACCAAUGGUCACACAUUUAAGCUAAUGAAGAAUGUCCCUCACUGCCACCAGCAAACUGUAAUGAUGGUUAUUUAAAAAAGAUUCCACCUAUGGCAACUUUCUCUCUACCUUAUCAGCUUAAUAAGCAGUUUGUGAAGACUAUGGCUUCAAGACAGCGACUGCUCUCCUGUGCACAUUUCCCUUUGGCCUUACAUUAACUUGAACCCCUCAUUUAAUUUGGUAUUGUUUUGUGUGUGUGUUCGUACGGCUAUGUAGAUUGUUUAAGUACUGUAUUUGAAAACCUGCAUCACUUUCAAAAUCAGAUGCUGACAUACACAGGGUGGAACAUUUAGAACAUCAACAUUUUCAGUCAUAAUCCGUUGUUUAAAGUUUCAACAAAGUGAAGAGGAAAGCUGUUACUGUACAUCCAUGUUGUUUCAAUUUAAGCUCUAUCAACAGCAUUAUUCUUUUCCAACCAACCAAGUUUACUUUAAAUAAUGACUAAACAGGUUAUGAAUCUAGAAAAUAUCUGAUCUGGAGUGCCAUAUACAUAUCAUUAAUUAAAAAAAAAAAAUCUAAAAAUUUAAAUUUAAAAACAGUAACAGUACUGUAUUACCUAUUACAUAUCAAUUUGACUCAUACUUUAUUGUAAUCACAAUGACAAUAAUAGCAAUCCUGAAUUAAAAUGUGCUUAACAAAAAUGUUAAAUAUAAAGUCCACAUUGUUCAUAAUUACUAUUCUGUUUUUUACUAUGCAUUUAAUUAAUUACACAAUAACAUGUUUGUUAAAAAUGUCUGUAAUCUUGUUCCAAGGAAAAGUUAUCUUGAUCUAUAAGGAAAUAUGAUGAAAGUCCAACCAAUUCCUAUUAAUUAAAUAUAUUUAAGUUUUUAAAAAUUAUAUUAAUUACAUAUUCUUUUUGCUUUGUAGAAUUCAGUUUUGAAGUCCACUCGUGUGUGAAUACAUAUGGAAAAACCCCUUGAAAGUUACAAAAUAAAUCUUUCAGUCUGCAUGUUUAGGUUGUUACAACUCAACCUAUUUACAUGCUGCUUUUUUCUAAAAAGUCAUGACAGAAAUUAUCACAAGUAAUUAUUUUGGAAAUGCACUUAUAAUUCCUGCUAGAGUUAGAUUGUUUGGUUAUUUCUGUAAUUUUAAAUGUACUUGCAGUGUUACAGCAACUUCCCAAAUAGGAACAUUAAACUGUCUUUUUGUAUGAGGGAACAUUUUUGUAUGAGAACAGUCGAUUUUCAAUAGUAGCCAAAAGAAGUUUCCAUUAACUUAAGUCAAUGUGAAAUAAAUGCAGCAUUUUAUUUUUAUAUUCUUGAAAAUCUGUCAAAUGAUCAUUCUGAAAUAAACUUUUCAACCACACAAAGUAGCUUUUAAUCAAGUUUCAUGUGUGAUCAAUGUAAAAUCAAUGUA